GUAACACACCACAUCUCGCCUGUAAACCUCGCGGGCAAAACUUCGCUCACCCGCGGCAUGGGAAAGCGCAAAUCACCAUAACUUUCCCGCGAAACCGUUCGGAAAUUAAAAAAUAAAAAAUUGUUUAUUAAAAAAAAAAUUGGUUUAUGUUUGAUUUAUUUGUAAAGUUGACUUUCUGUGGCCGGUUUUAUUAGUGCGAACGAUUGAGUGUGUGUGUUUUAUUUUGUUUUUGUUUUAUUCGCUCGGUAGUUGGCUGGUGGCGUUGGUUGGUGGCUGGUGGUGCGGAAUCGAUACUGCGGUGGGAGCGGCAAGAUAGCUACACUCCAUGAUGUUGUUGCGGAGGCCUAGAGCAGCUCGGGCUGGUUGAACGCGUCUCCACAUGUCGACAACACUCUGCAGUCAGCAGAAAGAUGUCCUAAUAUGGGUUGGUCAUGCGUGGUGGCACGCGCCGUGGCUGUCCUCCUCAUGCUCAGCAGAGUAUCUGCGCUUACGUCCGACAUCUUUGCAGCGGGCAAGUCGGACAAAGAGAUUUUGGACAAUCUUCUGAAAAACUCCCGCUAUGACAAAAGACUGCUUCCACCAGUAGAUGAUCCUGAAUUUUGUUGUGGUCUCACUUCGCCGAACGACACUGACAAUCAAAAUAAUAUUGGGCUACCCUCGCUUCGGCCUCGAUCGCACAAUCGUGGUGUCCUCACCGUAAAUGUUAGCGUGCUACUUCUUAGUUUAGCAUCUCCAGAUGAAUCUAGUCUUAAAUACGAGGUUGAAUUUCUUCUGCAGCAGCAGUGGUAUGAUCCUCGGCUUCGGUAUUCAAACCAGUCGCAUUACGACUUUCUUAACGCCAUCCAUCAUCACGAGGAUAUUUGGCUCCCUGAUACAUACUUCAUUAUGCAUGGAGAUUUCAAAGAUCCAAUAAUACCGAUGCACUUUGCCUUGCGCAUAUAUCGGAACGGCACCAUCAACUAUUUGAUGCGGCGACACCUCAUCCUGUCCUGUCAGGGCAGCCUCAACAUCUUUCCAUUUGACGACCCAUUGUGUUCAUUUGCGUUAGAAAGUAUAUCAUACGAACAAUCAGCUAUAACUUAUGUAUGGAAAAACGAUGAAGAUACUCUGAGGAAGUCACCGUCGUUGACAACGCUCAAUGCGUAUCUCAUACAGAACCAAACCAUUCCUUGUCCCAUCAAAGCGAGCUGGAGAGCUGAUGGUAUAACACUUUACGAAGACGAUGAAGAGCUGACAUGUAAUCUUUGCCAGAGACGAUUUGAGGAGCAAGGUAACUACAGCUGUCUAAAGGUGGAUCUUAUUUUUACAAGAGACCGAGCAUUCUACUUCACCACAGUAUUUAUCCCUGGCAUAAUCCUGGUGACCUCCUCCUUCAUCACAUUUUGGCUGGAAUGGAACGCAGUUCCGGCUCGUUCCAUGAUAGGUGUAACAACUAUGUUGAAUUUCUUUACAACGUCCAAUGGUUUCCGUUCAACGCUGCCUGUGGUGUCCAAUUUGACCGCAAUGAACGUGUGGGACGGCGUGUGUAUGUGUUUUAUCUACGCGUCUCUCCUCGAAUUUGUCUGCGUCAAUUACGUGGGUCGGAAGAGGCCUUUACACAACGUGGUGUAUCGACCCGGCGAGAACCCAGUCACUCAGCGACUGCCCGCAGUUCUGAGCAGAAUUGGCAUUAUACUGGCCAGCCCUUUGGAGGCGAUGGCAUUCCUCCAUUGGGCAAAAUCUGAAACGCCCCAACCGGAGUCUAGCGGUGCUGGUGAUAAAAAGAGAGAGUCUACAACUGCAGCAGACCUGGUGACGUGUACAGCAUGCACUGGUGCACCAGGCUCUUGUACACAUACGGCCAACAAUGGCGGAGUUUCUGAGCCAUGUUUCGUUCAGGUCCGUAAAAAGGAGCCUCCGCACCCCAUUCGUGUGGCGAAGACCAUCGACGUGAUAGCUCGCUUUACCUUCCCCACUGCCUACGCCGUGUUUCUCAUCUUCUUCUUCAUUCACUACAAGGCAUUCUCUUAAUGCUGUCUCCGCCCGCAACGAGCUGUCUUACGUAUGAUCGACAUUAGAGCAGCUUCGUAUUUUGUAUUUCGUAUUUCACAGCUAUUUAAUAGGUAAAUUGUACACACAAGAUCUGAAAAAAUAUUUUUGAAAUGUUUCAAUUAUUUAAGUAAUUGUGAUUGUAUCUAUUCAGUGUAGAUGGCGUGUAUAAGCAAAUUAGAAAUUAUACCUAAGUGUGAUAAAUAAGAGCAGAAGACUCAUUAUUUUUUUGUGGAACAUCUAAAGACACAAUUAAUAAGAAAAUAGUUUUACCUACUUAUCUGUUUUUGAGGAUUUGAAAUAGGUUACUAUUGGACCAGUUGUGGUAGUAGGUGAAAGAUUCUGCAAUUCAAAAUCUUAUGAUAGGAUAAAGUGGGAACAAUUCACAUUUAAAGGAGAUGUCGCGUGAUUAUUGUCGUCCGUUUAAUAAAGUAAAUCUAUUUCAAAUAUCUUCAGACAGUCCAAUUGUAGUGAAAUUGUUUAACUUAAGAUUAUUAUUAAUGUAGAUUUUAUAUAUACUUACUAUUAUAUAAUAUUAGUUCACGAUAGAUAUAAUAAUAUAUCAAUACACCACAUCAAUUGUGAUUAAUGAUUAUAUGUUGAAAACCCUAUAGAUCGCUUUUAGAACUGUAUAAUAUGUUACCCUUGCUACUAAACUCGGUGAGU